CGAACUGAUCUCAGGAUGAUGGUUCCCAUGGUGGACCCAAUUAUGCGUGAAAAGCAGCUACAGCAGGAACUACUUCUGAUCCAGCAGCAGCAGCAGAUUCAGAAACAACUGCUGAUUGCAGAGUUUCAGAAGCAGCAUGAAAAUCUGACCCGCCAGCACCAGGCCCAGCUCCAGGAGCACAUAAAGUUACAACAGGAACUCCUAGCCAUUAAACAACAGCAAGAACUCCUUGAAAAAGAACAGAAACUGGAGCAGCAGAGACAAGAGCAGGAACUGGAGAGGCAUCGCAGGGAACAACAGCUUCCUCCCCUCCGAGGCAAAGAAAGAGGCCGAGAAAGGGCAGUGGCAAGUACAGAAGUAAAGCAGAAGCUUCAAGAGUUCCUCCUGAGUAAGUCGGCAACAAAAGACUCUCCAGCAAAUGGGAAGAAUCAUUCCAUGAGCCGCCACCCCAAGCUCUGGUACACGGCUGCCCACCACACCUCACUGGAUCAAAGCUCUCCACCCCUGAGCGGGGCCUCGCCACCGUACAAAUACACUUUACCAGGAGCACAGGAUGCCAAGGAUGAUUUUCCACUUCGUAAAACGGCUUCAGAGCCCAAUCUGAAGGUACGUUCAAGGUUAAAACAAAAGGUGACAGAAAGGAGGAGCAGUCCUUUGCUCAGGAGGAAGGAUGGGAAUGUCAGUUCAUUCAAGAAGCGACUCUUCGAGGUGACAGAAUCCUCAGUCAGUAGCAGCUCCCCUGGAUCAGGUCCCAGUUCUCCAAGCAAUGGCCCAAACAGUGGUAUGACAGAAAAUGAAACCUCAGUUUUGCCAUCUAACAUUCAAGCUGAGCAUCUGGUUUCCCAGCAACGCCUUUUGAUACAGGAUGAAUCAGUGAACUUGCUGAGUCUGUACACAUCCCCUUCUCUGCCCAACAUUACUUUGGGACUUCCAGCAGUGCAACCUCCAAUCAGUGCUUCAUCAUCAUUCAAAGAAAAGCAGAAGGGGGACACCCAGUCACUCAGACAAGGAGUGGCCUUGGCUGGACAGUAUGGAGGGAACAUUCCUCCAUCCUCAACUCAUCCUCAUGUUGCUUUGGAGGGAAAGCCAAACAGCAGCCACCAAGCUCUCUUGCAACAUCUGUUACUGAAAGAACAAAUGAGACAGCAGAAACUUCUUGUGACUGGAGCGGUUCCUCUUCAUCCACAGUCUCCUUUAGCAGCAAAGGAGAGAGUCUCACCUGGCAUAAGAGCUGCCCACAAAGUGCCUCGUCACAGGCCACUGAAUCGAACACAAUCAGCUCCUCUUCCUCAGAGUACUUUAGCCCAGCUGGUCAUCCAGCAGCAACAUCAACAAUUUCUUGAGAAACAGAAACAGUACCAGCAGCAGAUCCACAUGAAUAAGAUGCUCUCUAAGUCCAUUGAGCAGCUCAAGCAACCUGACAGUCACCUGGAGGAAGCUGAAGAAGAGCUUCAUGGAGAUCACUCGAUGCAGGAAGAGCGAGCUCCUGCCAGCGGUGCCAGCGUUAGGGCUGAGAGCAGCAGUGCUGGUGUGGAUGACAGAAUAGGACAGCAGGUGGGGGCUGUGAAAGUCAAAGAGGAGCCACCGGACAGUGAUGAGGAUGUUCAAACCCAGCAAAUGGAAUCUGGGGAGCAAGCUGCUUUUAUGCAACAGGAGUUCAUGGCACAUCGGCGUGUCCACCAGUUGCAAAUCUACCAGGCUCAGAUGGCUACAGUUGGCAUGGCAGGAUUAGAUAAACAUCGGUCGGUGUCCAGGACCCCGUCUUCCCCCACUGAUUCCACAUUACCUCACCCAGACGUGGACCAGCCCAGCCAGCAUGUCUACACAACUGGUGUUGUGUAUGACAGUCUGAUGUUGAAGCACCAGUGUAUGUGUGGCAACUAUGCUAACCACCCUGAACAUGCUGGAAGGAUCCAGAGCAUCUGGUCAAGGCUGCAAGAAACUGGGUUGCUAAACAAGUGCGAGCGAAUUCGAGGUCGAAAAGCCAGUCUGGAGGAAAUACAGCUGGUUCACUCUGAACAUCAUUCACUGCUGUAUGGCACCAGCCCCCUGAACAGACAGAAGCUGGACCCCAGGAAACUCCUAGGAAACGUGUCUCAAAAACUCUUUUCCUUGUUGCCUUGUGGGGGACUUGGGGUGGACAGUGACACCGUUUGGAACGAGCUGCACUCGGCCGGGGCGGCACGCAUGGCGGUGGGCUGUGUCAUCGAGCUGGCGGCCCGCGUGGCCUCCCGGGAGCUGAAGAAUGGCUUUGCUGUUGUAAGGCCCCCAGGCCAUCAUGCUGAAGAAUCAACAGCCAUGGGGUUCUGCUUUUUUAAUUCGAUUGCAAUUACUGCCAAAUACUUGAGAGACAAGCUAAAUAUAGGCAAGAUAUUGAUUGUAGAUCUGGAUGUUCACCAUGGCAACGGUACACAGCAGGCUUUUUAUGCUGACCCCAGCAUCCUGUAUGUUUCCCUCCAUCGCUAUGAUGAAGGCAACUUCUUCCCCGGCAGUGGAGCCCCAAAUGAGGUUGGAAGUGGCCCUGGUGAAGGGUAUAACAUAAAUAUUGCUUGGACAGGUGGCUUGGAUCCUCCUAUGGGUGAUGUUGAGUAUCUCACAGCAUUCAGGACUGUGAUUAUGCCAGCUGCCCAUGAAUUUGAUCCAGAGAUUGUCUUGGUGUCAGCUGGAUUUGAUGCUGUGGAAGGCCAUGACCCUCCGCUGGGCGGGUACAAAGUCACAGCUAAAUGUUUUGGCCACCUAACCAAGGAAUUGCUGAAGCUAGCGGACGGCCGUGUUGUGCUGGCACUGGAGGGAGGACAUGACCUUACUGCCAUCUGUGAUGCAUCUGAAGCCUGUAUAAACGCCCUUUUAGGAAAUGAGCUGGAGCCUCUCCCGGAAGAUAUUGUGCACCAAAUCCCCAAUAUGAACGCAGUAGCUUCUUUAAAAAAGACCACUGAAAUUCAAAGCAAGUACUGGAAGUCAGUGGAGCCAUACUCUGUGCCAGUGGAUUGUGCUCUGGCUGAGUCUCAGAAGCAAGAGAGAGAAGAGACAGAAACCGUAUCCGCUAUGGCCUCUCUUUCAGUGGAUGUUGAGCAGUGUAUCCCUCAGGAAGGCAGCAGAGCUGCUGGCGAGCCCAUGGAAGAAGAGCCAGCCUUGUGA